GAGUUAUUCAGUGCAGAACAAGUCGCUGCAGUUCACAUCGCAGAGGAGUGAAACCUGAACAAUCAAUAUGAAGUCUUUAGGCCUUCUUUAUUCUCUGAUGGUCUUUCUUACAUGUGGAUUGGUGUCUGUUUCAUCCAUGGGCCCACAGUGUACAGAUAUCAUCGAUGAAGGCACAGGAGAAGACAAGCUUUAUAGAUUUCACUUUGACCCCCAGUUAGGAUCCUGUACCCCCUUCUACUACAAAGGACAGGGCGGCAACAACAACCGUUAUGACUCUGAUCAAGAAUGCAUGAAAGCAUGUUCGUCAAAAUACAAUGAGAUCUAUCCCAGUGAAGAUGAAGUGUGUUCUCUGCCACCGGACCAAGGCACCUGUUUUGCCAUAAUCCCAAAGUAUUAUUAUGACAGUACAGAGAAGAACUGCCGAGUGUUCUUGUAUGGAGGUUGUCAAGGGAACGGCAACCGCUUUGAUACCAGAGAAGAGUGCAAAAAGAUCUGUCUAGCAAAAUCCGGAAGACUCCUGGGUGCUGAAGAUGCUCCAAACCCUGAUCAGAAAACUGUUAAUGCAGGGCUGAUCGUUGGUGUUUUGGGUGGUCUUGUAUUCGCUGGCGCUGUCAUUUCUGCUAUUGUGAUGUUUGUGCUCCAUAAGAAGAGCAAGAAGGCUGAUAGGAAGCAGGUGCCAACAUCUGAUAUUGAAUUGAACUAGACUCUAUUGCGACAGCAUCCUGUCUGUACAUACUGUAUGUCAUUAGUGCCUUUGUAUCAUUUUUUAUUUUUUACAUUUAUACCAGUCAUGUUUCAAAAGUGAUAGAAAGAUGGAUAUACAGCAAUGCAUAUUUAGUGUUCACAAUUAAAAUAAUUUCUCCUGACUAGUGGAGUUCAGUUAUGAAUAGGACCCCAGACUCUGUACUGUAUGCUGUAAAAUCAUGAUUUAUGGGUGUGGGGGGGAGUCAAUCGGAAGCAUUCCACCAUAUGAGUUUCGUAAUUGUACAUGAUCAAAUCUGAGGACUGUCUUUUCUAGAGAGCUUGCUGAAAUAAUGUAUUGAUGUGAUGUCAUAAGUCUUUGUUAUGUGAUGAGAAGUUUUAUUGGUAUA